CACGGGGAUCACGUUUCUCCUUUUGCCGGCCGGGAUUUUGUAGAGCGAGCAGAGCCCGUGUCCUCAUCAUUUACUGGAAGAGACUCCGAGAGAGAGAACUCCGCGACUGACCAAUCACAGGGGACUGCCACCAUCGCCACCCGCACUACACAGAUUAUCAUUUUCUAUAGGAGAGCCGUGUCGGCCAUGUGCGCCUUGUCCUGAUUAAUCACCCCAUAUACACCAUCGUCUAUCGCCACACCGGGACUAUGCCUAUGGAGCUCAUGCAGAACCGGAUGAAGAAAAUUUGGCUGCCCAAGGAUGAGGAGCCCACCGUGCCCAUCAAUGUUGGUGGACCUCAGCUUGCCAACUCCCCUACUGUGAUUGUAAUGGUUGGACUACCAGCCCGGGGGAAGACUUACAUAUCCAAGAAGCUGACGCGUUACCUCAACUGGAGUGGAGUACCUACAAAAGUGUUCAAUGUUGGGGAGUACAGACGUGAAUGUGUAAGAGAAUUUAGUUCUUUUGACUUUUUCCGCUCGGACAACCAAGAAGCCAUGAAAGUCAGAAGAAAUUGUGCCUUAGCCGCUUUAGCAGAUGUGAAAUCCUACCUGACAGAGGAAGGUGGACAGAUUGCUGUCUUUGAUGCCACAAAUACAACCAGAGACAGAAGAUCACUGAUUGUUGAUUUCGCCAAAGAGAAUGACUUUAAGGUGUUCUUUAUUGAAUCUGUCUGCGAUGAUCCAUCAGUUGUUGCCAGCAAUGUUUUGGAUGUAAAACUGUCCAGCCCAGACUACAAAGGAUGUUCAUCAAAAGAAGCACUGGAUGACUUUAUGAAGAGAAUAAACUGCUACAAGAACAUGUAUGAGCCUCUUGAUCCAGAUGGUCAUGACAGGGAUCUCUCUAUGAUCAUUGUCAUUGAUGUUGGCCGAAGAUUUUUGGCAAACAAAGUUCAGGAUCAUAUCCAGAGCAAGAUUGUAUAUUAUCUAAUGAACAUUCAUGUCCAGCCUCGCUGCAUCUAUUUGUGCCGAGCCGGAGAAAGUGAGAGCAACAUCAAAGGGAAAAUUGGUGGGGAUACUGGGUUGUCCCAGCGAGGCAAAAAGUUUUCCAUUGCCCUCAAGAAAUAUAUUGAGGAACAGAACCUAAAGGAGCUUAAAGUGUGGACCAGUCAACUCAAGAGAACCAUCCAGACUGCAGAAGCUCUAAAAGUGCCUUAUGAGCAGUGGAAGGCUUUAAAUGAACUGGAUUCAGGAGUGUGUGAAGAUAAGACCUAUGAGGAAAUCAAAGAACAGUUUCCUGAGGAAUAUGCACUUCGUGCACAAGAUAAAUACUAUUAUCGCUACCCGUCAGGCGAGUCUUAUCAAGAUCUUGUCCAGCGCCUGGAACCUGUCAUAAUGGAACUUGAGCGACAGGGGAAUAUCCUAGUUGUUUGUCAUCAGGCUAUUAUGCGAUGCCUUCUGUCUUAUUUUCUGGAUAAAUCUGCAGAUGAAAUGCCGUAUCUGGAAUGUCCGCUGCAUACACUGCUUAAAUUGACUCCAUAUGCCUAUGGCUGCCACGUGGAGCCGGUCACAUUCAGUGUGGAUGCAGUUAACACUCAUUUUGAAAGACCAGAAGAGAGCAAGAAAGCCCCUGCCCCGCUGAUGAGACGCAACAGCGUUACUCCUCUCACCAGUCCUGAACCAACCAAGAAAGCACGUAUCAAUAGUUUUGAGGAUCUUGGCUCUUUUUCGGGUUGUUCAUCUCAGGAGCCUCCUACUGUACAGGCUACACAGCCUUUGCUAGGAAAGGCUUGUCUGGUGUGAAUCCUCCGGAGCAGCACUGACAGUUCUUAAAGGACAAAACCACGAUCAAAUAACAUCUGAUUCCCCUUUCCGCUGCAUUCCAUUUUCCAUUCUCCUUUUUCACUGGACUCGAAUAUUUGAGCCUGUAGCUGCUUGUAUGUCUGAACAAAUUUAAAUUUAAAUUCAGAAAUGGAGAGACACCAAAGCGCAUUUGCUACAUCUCUAGGAAAUGAAGAAGCCUCCGGUCAUUUCAGCAGUGGGGUGCACAGCUGGAGCUGAUUGUACGCCGCCAAAUCCUAAUUUUACUUUGUUUUUUAUUACUAUUUUUUGUAGACUUAGUACAGUUUGUUUUAUUCUAUUUUAGAAAGUGUUAACCAAAACGGCAAAAAAAGACUAAUUAAUGUAGAUAACAUGCUACCUUCCAAUGUUCCCCCCCCAUACACCUUUUGUUUCUCCAAGGUACCAAGUCCUGAAGCUGAGGUUUAGAGUAUACUUGCCAGUCUGUCACCACAAAAUUUGGUGUAAUGUUUACACUGUGGUCUAUGCUACUUCUGGUGUUUUUUAUAUGUUUAGGUUUGGUGCUUUUCUUUGUUUGAUGUGUACAUAGAUCUAAAUGUCUCUCGUGGGCUCUGGUUGUCAUGUAUACAUUUGUUCUGAACUUCCAUCAGACUGUCUACUCUUGGUUGUGCAACAUGCUAAAAUGUCUCUUGUGUCAUGGCUGCAUCCUAAGUUAACCCCCCCGUCAUGGUGUUGAGGCAUUGAGAAGGGGUUAAUCAAGUCCAUUUACCAGGAAUUAAAGUGUUUACCCAAUAUCAAGCUAUGAUAAUUCUUCCUUUUUAUUGAUUCUUAAUUGGCAUCUAGCUGAUGUGGAUAACUGCACUGUGCAUGACACCAUUUCUCUUUGCACUGCUGUAUUGAAAAAGCCUGUCCGUAUCUUCAAAUGCAGCAAUGUAACUGUCAUUCUGUGUGCAGUAGAUAAAACAGACUCUUCUGCUUAUUUUUUUCAAGAAGCUGCUAGAACAGUAUUGUCCUGCUUUCUGUAACUUGAAUUUUUCUUAAGCUGCUUCUGCUGUAAACGCCUUCUCGUAUUAUCUCCUUGAGCACGUAUUCACUUUAUGGGUGUGAUGUGCAAAAAUUGGCCAUUUCGUUGUUCCUCCAGUGACUUUCAUAAACUGAGGAACCUAAUACUUGGGGUGGGUGGGAAUAUAUUUUUGUAUAAUUUUACUUUUUAUCUCAAAGAUGCAUGUUUGCACUUUAAUACAAAGGUUAGGGCAGGGUUGUGAGAAGCAGAUUUGCUCAGAUUUCUUGGUAUGGACUGAUAUGAGCUCCAGAAAGGUGUAAGAGAUUAUAUUUUAUUCAAAAAGUCUGGAUGUGUCUGAUGUGUGGAUAGAGAGGGCAGCUUUGUGGUUAUCGGAUGUGGAUUUGACGGUUAAACAAGUCGACCUCAAUUUUCGGCUGUGUGGAGAUGGGUUCAUCAGGUUGCACAGCGGGACUACGGUUAUCCCAUGGUGGCACUGUGGGAUUUAAGAUACCGGUAACCACAUUUGAGUGUUGCAGACUUGAAGACUAAGAUUGCUUGUGAUUAUUAUUUUUUGAGUGAUUGUAUUUGAAAGAAACAAUGUUUUGGAUCUUUGUUUUUUUUUAUAUUUUGUUUUUGGAAUAGUUUUAAUUUUUUUUGAAUCUGCUGUUUUAAUGUUGUAUAGUAAUUAUAAUAAUAAAAAAAAAAUCAGUUCUGUCACUUUAGAAGCUUCAUACAAAUUGUUGGGUAAUAUAUGUGCAUGCAUAUAUAGACUUUGGCUCGAGAUGCUGAUAAAGGUUUAUUCAUUUUACCUUUGCACUAGGUAUCUUGCCUUAGUCUUUGAUUUAUAUGGGUCCAAUGCUCACUAUUCAUGUUUGGAACCAAGCGCACCCCCCCUAUAGGAACAGAAUAGUCAUGUAAUAAAAUCAUGUGCACAGUAUCUAAAAUCAAACCAACAUACUAAAAAGUGAAAUAUUUAGUAUCGCUAUUCAGAGAGGUUAUCAUUUAUUGUGUUGGUGCAAACUAUUGUGCUUUUGGGUGCUCUUGGUAACAGCUUGUGUUUGGUCUUACUGGGAUGGGUUAGAAUGGCACCUUUCCUAACUGGUGAAACGAUCUAAAAAGGCCAAUAGUUUAUUUUAAUUUUUUUUGUCUGUAAGACUGGAUUGUUUUUAUUUUAGGUGUGCAUAUUUAUUUAUUUAAUGUUGUAGGUUCAGUGUAAUUUUUUUUCCAUUACAUUUGACUUGUUAAUUGUAUUUUCAUGUGUGUAUUUGUCUGGUAAAAUUGCCUAAAGUAAAAGCUUCACCAGCUUAUACAGGAUAAUAUGCCUUUUGAAAAAUUGUAUAUUUUGCAGUUGCUGGACCAAUAAAAAAAAUUCUUGUAGAA